UCGGCAAUACUGUGCACAGUUUGAGCGUCAGCACACGUCUGGAUCUGACGGGGGUUCUAUUUCGGGAACGCCAACCUCACACUAAUGCUGAUCCAACUCUCGACACUCCUUUGUCUUAUGAAAAGUAUAUCGGUCAAUUUGCGUAUAAAAUUAGUGUGUUGAUUAUAAAAGUCUUCCAAAAUGGGAAACUUACUCAGUGGUGCUUCAACAGAGAGUAACGCUUCAACUUUAAAUAACGUAGCAAGUGAGAGUGACACAAUGGAAAACGUUAACGUCUUAGUUGAUAACAAUGAACCAGUCAUUGAAGAACAGUUCCAUGAUAUUAUAAGUGAUGAUGAAGAAACCCGUGCUAAAAAUAAAGAAAAAGAAAUGAAUGAAUUCAGAAACCAGUUAAGCAUAAAACGUGAACAAAGAAAAGAAAUAUUAGCUCGACAUAGAUCUGAAAAGAGGGAUUUAGAGAAUGCUUUAAAAGAUGAAAAAGAGUCUAAAGUACAAUUAUGUGAAACAAAUAGGCUUCUUCGCGAAUUAUUACAGAAAAAUAACAUUGACAUACCAGAAAAUGUUGAAAUGUCAAACGAGAAAUCUUAUAUCACAGACUCUAUUUCUCAGAUGAGAGAAGAAAUUGAUAAAUUAAAAUCCAAUAAUAAUAAAUUAAGAUGUGAUUUAGCAAAUUCAAAUCAUGCACUUCAAACGGCAUAUACAGAUAUUGCAGAAUUAAGUGCCCAAAAUACAGAAUCUAUUAAGCAAGUUAACGCACUCAAAGAAGUGAUAACAGUAAGCAAGACUUUGAUCAACCUUCGUGAACAACAACUUACUGAGUUGAAAGACAAACUUAAUGAAAUAGAACAGUCUCUUGCUGAUAGAGAAACAAACAUGCUAUCAGCUGAUUUAAGACAGGAAUACGAACGUCAGUUACAAAAUAUUCGGACAUUACGUGGGUUAUAUGAAGAGCGAGCUAGAUUAGCAGAUGUAUCAAGACAAGCUCUUGCUAGAGAUCUAGAAGAGCAAAAACUACUUCUUGAGGCUGAAACAAAUAAAUCCAAUGAUCUCAGCAAUAAAGUUGAGGCACUUGAGACCAAGAUUAGUGAGUUAGAAGAAACAGUUGGUGAAAAAAAUAAUUUAAUAUCUUCUUGUCGUGAGGAAGCACGGGGCUUAAAAGCAGAAAUGUUGGUAAUUAAUAAGUUAUUUUCACAAGUACUAUUGGGCUACAAAAAUAAGCAAGAUUUAGAUAAACUAGUGCACCGUCUGGAAGAAAACCACGGCUUACUUACACAAAUGGCCGGCAGAGAGAAUGGUUCAGAAGUAUCUACAGAGCUACCAAAGUUAUUGUUAGAGAUCGUGAGCCAAAUAGACGAGGAAGACAAUAAUGACUUGAAUAUUAAUACUAAUGACCAAACAACCACGAUUGCAGAAAAUGAUUUCCAGAAAACUGAUACCCACUCUUCACUCAAUACUACACCUGAAGAAAUAGUUGAAAACCUUCCGAAAGUCUGGCGUGUAUUAAUGGAAUUAUUAAGUCAUCAAAGCGAAGCUGACACCAAUACCUCCGAGAAAGUAACAACCUGCUACAAGUCAGUCGAAACAAAAUCAGGACCAGUUCUUGUGCCAAGCGUUAGUCAAACUUACAUAAGGCUUAAGGAUUUGAUUCUUGAAAAAUUGACUUUGAUCAAAGAAGUAAGCCGCAUGAAACAACUGAAUACGCAUUUAGAAUCACGUUUAGAAGAACAAGAAAGAAGACUUUGUCUUGUUACAACCGAAUUAAGCAAAACGUGGCACGUCGUCGGUAGGUUACGGCGUCAUCAUCAUCAAUUACAUACGCAUGAAAAGAUACUUAAAUACGAACUACAACAAAAACGAAAAUUACUUAAUGAGCUAAAGGAGGAGCUUGAAUAUUGUCGUGAAAAAUGGGAACAAGCGAGGGAGAAAAAUACUCAAUCUGAAAAAGACUGGCGCAAGCUAAGAACUGAGUUUUCAAACAGAAAAUUAAAACCAGAGCAAGCCGCUAUUAAUAAUUCUGCUGAAAGUGGUUACAGUGAUGAGAGACCUUCAGAUUCAUCGGAUUCAAAUGAUGAAAGCGAGUAUGUUGAAACAAAGCUAAAAUGUAAAAAAAAGCUAAAAAAAUCAUUUGAAACUAUUAUAGACUCCAGUACAGAUUUUAAUUUGGCUGCGGAAAGGGAAGAUCCUGCAAGUGAUUUGUUAGAUGUAGCAGAACUUCCACUUGAUACUCAAGAAGAUAAUCCUGAGUGCGACGUGUCAGAUUUAUGUAAAAGUGAGAUUAUCUUAAAAAAAUUAAAAGUAUACGAUGAAACUGAAGAUGAAAUAGCUGAUAUGGCUAAUGAUUCGUGUGUAGAAGAUAUUUCCGUUGCGGAAAAUUCCAUCGCAGAUAAUAUAACGUGUGAUAAUACAAUUUUUCAAAACAAAAACCUAUGUGAUCGUGAUAGUAAUCCCCAUAUGGAGGAGAUACCGACACAAAGAAAUCAAAUAAAUGAAAAUGAUACAGAGAUUAAUUUUGAACGCAAAGAAGAAGAAGUUAAUGAUUCUGAAUGUAAGAAUGACAUGGACAAAAAUAUUCAAAAAACGCAAAAACACUUAAAUCUCUGUAAGGAUACAACUGAAAUUCCUGAUUCUAAGAUAACAGAAAAUAUACCACAAGAAUCCACACCAGAACAUUCAGAACAAAUUACAGAAAUCGAUUUUAGUGCAAUAUUAGAAAAUGUUAAAAAACAAAAAGAACGACUUCAGUUAAAAGACAAACGCUUAGAAAGAUUAGAAAAUGGAUGUUCAUCCGUUGUUUCAAAUAUAUCUAACACUCUUAAUUCUGGAGAUGAAAUGAUUGCUAAAUUAGACACCUUGCAUACAAAUUUGAAUCAAGGCGUACCAGUUCAAACACAGUUACAAAAACAAGACAUAUGCAAUAUUGAAAAUCAAAAUCCAACUGAUUUUGAAGAACCGUCAUCAUCCAGAGAUAUUGACCACGAAGCUAGAUUUGCUGCUCGUGAUAUACGAUUGAAAAGGUUGGAAGAGCAAACAAAAUCUCUAGUGAGUAAAGUAAAUAAAACAGCAACGAAAGGUGUAAAAAUCCAUUACAAGUUAGAAGAACUGCAUAAUAUUUAUGGUUCUGAAAAUUCGAGAUCCGGAACGCCAUCAGAAGAUACUGAAGAUAUUUCACAAAAUGAUGACGAAAUGCCAAACUAAUAAUCAUAUAUCUUAUUUAAUAUAUUGCAUGCAAACUAUAUUAAAACACAAAUAAAAUAUAUAUAUA